UUUUUCAUUGUUUAUUUUCUUGUAUAUACUCGUGUGUUAUGCGGAGUAUUAUGAAAAUGUAUCAAAGUAAGUGUAUGUAAUUAGUUAUACUUAAUUCAAUUAUAUUACAAGUAUAUUUUAGUGUAUAUGUGUGGUCGUAGCCAGGGGCGGAGCUAGAAGGGGACGAGUGGGGACACUUGUCCCCCCAUUUUCAAAAAAAAAAAUUAAAAAAAAAAUUAAAAAAAAAACAAAAAACGCUAUUACAGAGUGCUCUGUGCGACAUUUGCAGCCAAACCCUAAGUCUUUCAAUUUUUAAUUUCUCUCUCUUCGAUUCGCCCUCACCUCGCCAGAGUCGGCUGACGCUGUCCACCGUUCUUCGGUAGUUCGCAGCAGUGAGGCCAAUGACGAGGUUCGACAGACGACAACGGACAACCUUCAAUUCGUGUGAAUCGUGUCUUCGUGAGUUCGUGUUUGCUGUUUGCAGCAGCAGCCGAGCAGCCCAGCACCGCGCCACCGCAGCACAGCCAGCAGUUUGGACGUUUGGUGUUCAAGUGUAAAGUGUUUGCAGCAGCAGUUCGCAAGUCGGCAACUUCGCAUUUACAGAUUUACUGUAAGGAGUAAAUCUGAAUUUCAAUGGAGGAAAUAUCAAAAGAUUCACCAAAUUCAAACAAAUCCAAGGCAACUAAACAACCCGAUCUUCGACAAUUCUUGUUUAAAAGAACGAGACUCAAUGAAAAUGAGUCCAAUAACUCACCUUCAGUUAGCUCCCCUCAAAGUCAAGAAAUUAGUAUGGAAAUGGGUGGUUCAAGUAAUAGUAAUGUACCAUUAGAGGAAGAUUUGGUGUAUGAUGUUGAACUUCUUCCUCAUGAUCCGGGAAAAAGAAUAAACAUUAUGGAUUACCCCGCAAAUGAACGAAAUGCUGUUAGGAGGGGUUAUAUUCUUAAAAAACCUUGCCAACCAAAAACUCAUGACUUCCCUACAAGACAAGUGUCUGGUUUGCGUCGCUUUAGUGUUCAUUGGUUCAACAAAUGGGAUUGGCUUGAAUAUAGUAUUGAAAAAGAUGCUGCAUUUUGUUUUGUAUGUUACUUGUUCAAGAAUGAAGUUGCGAAAUAG